CUACUAGGAGGAAAUAAGAGAUGAUGGGCUGCUCCUGAAUUCUGGAAAUCAUAAUCAAGAACCCAUGAACGUAAAGUCUUUGAAUGGAAGGAUUCAGGAUGUGAGAAUGAUCAGAGGGAGGACUGGGGCCGCACAAGCUCCAAAUCAAAGAUCCUCGGGAUACAUGAACACUUCAAUCCAAAAAGAUUAGUGUUGGAAUCUUGGAAGCUUUCAGUGUUCAAAGCGGAGGAGCUCAAAGGGCUUAUGGAGCCAUCUAGGUCAAGCACCCAUUUUACAGAUGGGAAAACUGAGGCCCAAGAGCAGGAGUCCCCACAAUGAAUCCAUGCCAGGCUGGGGGCUGGGACUCCGGUUCCACCGAAGCCCCAAUCCAGAGACCUGGCUUCUUUUGCUGCCACUAAGUCGGAUUAAUUUGGGAAAAGAGGUCUUCACAGUGAGGAGGGAAGAAUGCCAGGGCACUGUCAAGUCAGCUUUGAACGGUGAGACGGGCCACCUCAUCCCAUCUGCUCAGCUCCCACCAAGACCAAGCUGGAGCCCCUCCCCUGCCCCCUUCAAAUUCCUCACUCCAUCCGUAGUCCUCCAUAAUAGCCCUUGCUCACCUUCUUCCUAAACACCCUGCUCACAUUUCCCAGACCAAGGACACCCCUCCAUAGUCUUCUCUUCACUGGUUACCUUGUUUGUUUCCUUAUUUCUUACUGGGGUCCUGGGAAGCGCCAGCACCCUGACUGACCUUGCCUGGUAUUCUCAACCCUCCCUAACUGUAGUCUGUCCUGUCUCAAAACUACCUCAUAGAUUUUACGCAUCUUCUAGUACAUUCCACCCCUGCCACUGUAACAUGGCCACACGUGCUUUCUACAUCCUGUACAAAUAGGUCUCUUCCCACUGCCCAAUGAUGCCUUCAUCUCCUCCAUAAACACCCCCCUCAGCCAAUUUUUGUGCUACCCUAAUAAUGCCCUCAUUGACGCUCUGUUUGGGUCUAUAAACGCCCCCUUGACAAAGCUCUUUUUUUAAAAAUCCUGACAUUCCCCCCACCCCCCGAGCCUCCCUCCUAUCUUAAUUCUAUCCUUCCUCCAAUUUUUCACCUCUCAAGCUCUACCCUUCCCUGCCCAGGCUGGCCCACAAUUCACCGUCACCCUCACCUCUUCUCUGUGGACUGCCCCCCAUCAUGUCCCCCUGAGCCUCCAAGGAGGGGGCUCAGGGGGCCCAAUGGCCUCCCGCCCCCUGUGGCCCCACAGCCCCCGUGGGCCAGGGGAAGUGCCUGGAAAGCCCCAGUGCCGAGGAUGGGCAACCGCACGUGGGAGGGCUGCCACGUGGACUCGCGCGUGGACCACCUGUUCCCGCCGUCCCUCUACAUCUUCGUCAUCGGGGUGGGGCUGCCCACCAACUGCCUGGCCCUGUGGGCAGCCUACCGCCAGGUGCGGCAACGCAACGAGCUGGGUGUGUACCUGAUGAACCUCAGCAUCGCUGACCUGCUGUACAUCUGCACGCUGCCCCUGUGGGUCGACUACUUCCUGCACCACGACAACUGGAUCCACGGCCCCGGCUCCUGCAAGCUCUUCGGGUUCAUCUUCUACACCAACAUCUACAUCAGCAUCGCCUUCCUGUGUUGCAUUUCCGUGGACCGCUACCUCGCGGUGGCCCACCCACUGCGGUUCGCCCGCCUGCGCCGCGUCAAGACUGCGGUGGCCGUGAGCUCCGUGGUCUGGGCCACGGAGCUGGGGGCCAACUCCGCACCCCUGUUCCACGACGAGCUCUUCCGUGACCGCUACAACCACACCUUCUGCUUCGAGAAGUUCCCCAUGGAGGGCUGGGUGGCCUGGAUGAACCUCUACCGGGUCUUCGUAGGGUUCCUCUUCCCGUGGGCCCUCAUGCUGCUGUCGUACCGGGGCAUCCUGCGGGCCGUGCGGGGCAGCGUGUCCACCGAGCGCCAGGAGAAGGCCAAGAUCAAGCGGCUGGCGCUCAGCCUCAUCGCCAUCGUGCUGGUGUGCUUCGCGCCCUACCACGUGCUCCUGCUCUCGCGCAGCGCCGUCUACCUGGGCCGCCCCUGGGACUGUGGCUUCGAGGAGCGUGUCUUCUCAGCCUACCACAGCUCGCUGGCCUUCACCAGCCUCAACUGCGUGGCCGACCCCAUCCUCUACUGCCUCGUCAACGAGGGUGCCCGCAGCGACGUGGCCAAGGCCCUGCACAAUCUGCUCCGUUUCCUGGCCAGUGACAAGCCACAGGAGAUGGCCAACGCCUCGCUGACCCUGGAGACCCCGCUCACUUCCAAGAGGAACAGCAUGGCCAAGGCCAUGGCAGCUGGCUGGGCGGCCGUGCCGCCCUCCCAAGCGGACCAGGUUCAGCUGAAGAUGCUGCCGCCGGCGGCACAGUGAAUCUCCACUGGACAGCAACCCCCCCCCCAUGUUAUCCCACAGUCCCUUCCCUGCUGGUCGGGUGUAUGCAAAUUUAUGUAAAUAAGGCAGUGUUAAUAUUCAUGAGCAGAAGCACCAGGGUAACUAGUGAGGUCGGUGAGGUUGGUGGGUCACUGGUCAAUCAUCAUCCUCCACUGAGAUCCCCUAGGGAUUCAGUCGAACUGUGCCUAGCGCUGUCCUGGGUGGUGCUAAGUGACUACAGGGGUGACAAAUGACAAUGCUGGCUGGCCUUCCUUCACAUGCUCCCACUUUAAUCAGGGAGACAGACCUGUCCCCAGAUGAUGAUCCAGAGUGGGUAGGACUCAGACAGGUGAGCCCAGAGGGCAUCUGACCCAGUCUGAGGGUCACAGAAGGCUUCCUGGAGGAGGGAACAAGUAAAUUAAGUCAAACAUUUGGUUUGUUAUCCAGAGGAUAACAACAAAGAGGGGGAUAAAAGGAUGAUUUUCAACAAGGAGGUAAAAUUGAGUGGCUGAAGGGGAAUGUGGAAGAAAAAAUUCACUGAGGGUAUAGAGUGGGUCAUUUUCACCCCUGGGAAGUCCCUGGUCGUCUAAGGGAGUAGGGGCAUGAAGAACAAGUGUGAGUUUCUAGAUAAAUAACAUUCUCCAAGUCAGGGCUGGAAGGAGGAGGGAGGCUGUCAGAACCCAAGUAAAGUCCAAUCAGGGCAGACUGGCUGGAAGAGCAGUGAGCAGGACAGGCUUUUGAAGAGGCUCAGGACAAAAAAAAGGAUAUUUAUUCAUUCAUUCAACAGAAAUUUAUUUAUAUCCACUCUUGGCCCAGUCCUGUGCUGGCUGGGGCUGGGGACACAAAGGUGACCAGGACAGCCUGGGCCCCACCCUUAUGGGGUUCACAGGAAACAAGUAAUAAAAAUAAAUAUAAUGUUUGGAAUCGAUAAGUGUACUGGGGAAAAAUAAAGCCAAGUGAGGGGAGAGGGAAUGACAUGGACUCUGAUCUAGAGAAAGAGGUGAAGAGACUGCUCACUGGAAGGCAACAUUGGGACAAAGAACAGGGGAGGGGGUCAGCCCUGUGGCUGUGGGGGAGUGGAAGAGGACUUCAGGCAGAGAAAUGAGUGCAAAGCCCCUGGAGCUAGAGAGUGCCUGAGUUUUGAGUGGGGCUAAUGGAGCAGGCGCUGCUGGAGCAGGGGGAGGUCGGGAGGGGUGCAGCUGAACCAGGGGGAGGCCAGGUGGGUGAGAGGAAUGGAUGGUGAUUAAUGGUACUGGCAAGGGAUGGGGCCAAUCUUUCCAUCUUUCGGGGCUUGUAGGUCCUGGUGAGAAUUUUGCCUUUUACUCAGAAGUAAAGGGGAGCCACAAGAUGGCUCUUAGCAGAGGAGGGAUGGGAUUUGACUUAAAUAUUAACAGGAUCCUGCUGGCUGGCUGGCUGCUGAGUGGGCAACAGAAUAUGUGAGGGGCAGAAGCUGGGAGGUGAGAGGUUGCAGUUGUCUGGGCCGGGCCGGGCCGGAGAUGCUGGCAGCUGAAAGGGGGUGGAGGUGGGGGGAGUGAGCAAGGAACAGUGGUUAACUUUGGGAUUUAUUUUGAAGGGAUACUUCAAAAUGAUGGAAGAAGCAUCCAUCAUUUUGAUACUUUCGGGAUUAUGUAACAUGAGCCCCUUGCCCAUCCUGAGAAAAGGGUGACCAGGGAGCCUGAACUGCUGGGACCUGUGGGAAUGAUCCCAGGCCCUAUUCCAGGCGGUCACCAGAGAGGCCAAAUGACUAGGCCAGGGUCACACAGCGGGUGAGUCAGCACUGGGAUUAUCCUGGGCUCCUUUCCCCCUCUCCAUCAUCUCUGCCUCUGUUCCCAUGCCCCAGGGUGGCUGAGGCUGCCUGCCUUGGCUGACGGUGUCACCCUCCUUUUGCUGGCCCUCAGGGAUCACCAGGAACGGCCAUCCUUCCAUUAACCCGGCUGGAGAGCAGGAGGAAGCACCCAGCCCUGGACAGGCCUUGCCCUUUCUGACAGGUCACCUCCCGCCCUUCCUCCCAAUGGAUAUGUAACAGGCUCCAAGCUCCUGAUGAGACAUGAAGGUCCUCCUCCUACGCACAUGCAGCCUCUUGUCCCAGAAGUUCCCAGAAAAGGUUCCUGGAAACCCUUCUCAGAGAAGAAAGAGGAGGGAGGACGGGAAUGAGAAAAAUAAAUGUAUUUAAUGAGGAAAAUGGUUUUGCAGGAGGGGGGUUACUGAGAUGCAGGAAGUUGGGGCUUUGGUAUUGGGUGUGGAGAGAAAAGAGGGAAGCCUGGGAUCUAUGGGGCCUAGUAAUUUUCCUACCCCAAAGCCAUAAAGCUACUGGGAUGGAGAUGUAAGGGGCCAGAACCUUUUGGAACACCAUCCCCUCGGAGUCAGAUGAAAGCUUGCCCUCUACCUUUCCAACCAAAUGCUCAUUCCUAUUCAUUCAAUAAAUAUUUAUUGAGCAUCUA